AAACGUCUGGAACCAUUUCCCUGUUUGACCGCUAGGUUUUCUGGGUAUUAUGACUCACACACUGUGGUACUUUAUUCCAGGCUGUUGCUCUGUUAGUGUGGUUAGGGUUAACCCUAACCCCAACCCUCUAAUUCUUGAGAGAACCAAAACAGAGAGAGAGAACAGACCAAAACAGAGAGAGAGAACAGACCAAAACAGAGAGAGAGAACAGAGAGAGAAACAGACCAAAACAGGGAGAGCGAACAGAGAGAGAACAGACCAAAACAGGGAGAGAGAACAGAGAGGGAACAGACCAGAACAGAGAGAGAGAGAACAAUGUGGGAGAGAGAACAGACCAGAACAGAGAGAGAACAGACCAGAACAGGGAGAGAGGGAGAACGAUGUGGGCGAGAGAACAGACCAGAACAGGGGGAGAGAGCCCAGAACAGAGAGCGAACAGACCAGAACAGGGAGAGAACGAUGUGGGAGAGGGAACAGAACAGAGAGAGAGGACGAUGUGGGAGAGAGAACAGAACAGACCAGAACAGAGAGAGAGGACGAUGUGGGAGAGAGAACAGAGAAAGAGAGAGAACAAUGUGGGAGAGAGAACAGAGAGAGCGGACGAUGUGGGAGACAGAGAACAGAACAGAGAGAGAGGACGAUGUGGGAGAGAGAGAACAGAACAGAGAGAGAGGACGAUGUGGGAGACAGAGAACAGAACAGAGAGAGAGGACGAUGUGGGAGAGAGAACAGAACAGAGAGAGAGGACGAUGUGGGAGAGAGAGAACAGAACAGAGAGAGAGGACGAUGUGGGAGAGAGAGAACAGAACAGAGAGAGCGGACGAUGUGGGAGAGAGAGAACAGAACAGAGAGAGAGGACGAUGUGGGAGAGAGAACAGAACAGAGAGAGAGAGAGAGAGCGAGAGAACAAUGUUCCCUCUAAACCACACAGCUCCACCCAGACUGCUGCGCAUUAAAAAUAAAAUGACCGCCGUGCCGAGGUCGCGGAAGAUUAAACUCCACUCAACUUUAGUUUACACCCAUGUUUCCCAACUCCAGUCCUCCUGUGCCUCCAGCAGCACGUUGUUGUCCCAGACAAACAUACCUGAUUCAACUAGUCAAGGGCUUCAUGAUUAGUUUUAGUUAACAUUUAUUUAACUAGGGAAGUCAGUUAAGAACAAAUUCGUAUUUUCAAUGACGGCCUUCCCUGGGAACAGCAGGUUAACUGCCUUGUUCAGUGGCAGAACGACAGAUUUUUACCUUGUCAGCUCGGGGAUUCGAUCCAGCAACCUUUCCGUUACUAGUCUAACACACCGAUAUUGGCCAUAUAACACAAAUCCCAGAAGUGCCUUAUUGUUAUUAUAAACUGGUUAUCAACAUAAUUAGAAAGGUAAAAAGCUAUUUGUUUGUCGUACCCGUGAUAUACGGUCUGAUAUACCACAGCUUUCAGACAAUCAGCAUCCAGGACUGGAACCACCCAGUUUAUGUGAUGUUUAAGACCGGAGGACAGACGCUGUCUGACUGGCUUUAAUUACAUCACCUACUUUGAUCCCACUAACUCACAUGUUAUCAUCCUCUCUGUCUGUCUUGUCUGUCUGUCUGCCUCUCUGCCUCCAUCAGAUUACCUGCCCCUAGGUGUGACACUUGGACCCAGAGGGACACAGACAGACACCCUGGUCUGCGGUUGGUGUAGCAGAGAGAGAACAUGGCAUUGUCGUUUAAGAAAGACCUGGAGAAGUACAAGGAGAUUGACGAGGAUGAGAUCCUUAACAACCUGUCAGAGCAGGAACUCAAACAACUGGAGACUGCCCUGGAGGAGAUGGACCCAGAGAAUGCAUUGCUGCCAGCGUCGAUGCGUCAGAAGGACCACACAGUGAAAGCAGCCACCGGCCCCUACAGCAGAGAGAAACUACUCAGUUUUCUGGAGAAGGAGGCCCUGGAGUAUAAAGACAGAGAUGAUGUGGUGUCUUUCUCUGGAGAGAGGAAAGGUAGGAGGCCCUGGAGUAUAAAGACAGAGAUGAUGUGUCUUUCUCUGGAGAGAGGAAAGGUAGGAGGCCCUGGAGUAUAAAGACAGAGAUGAUGU